UGUAACAAGAAAUGCCUCGACAUUCUCCGUGAAACUCGAAGAAAUCCACCACCCAAUACUAGAGUGGAAAUACACAUCGGUUAUUGUAAGGCAAGAUAUGUUUGCCGAAAAGGAACUGACAUAAGAACUUGCAGGAAUGGGCAGUGGAUUGGAAGCAAAGCACUCAAGUGUCCAGGUGAAGUUUCUCUGGUUGACUCGCUUUGGUUUGGAUAAAUUACAACCAUUUGAUCGAACAGAAUGAAUUAUUACAAAUCAAAAUCCGUAAGCCACGUCGCCAUUCGAUGUUCAUAGGUUGAAUAAUAAACUGGAUUUUGUUUUACCGAUACAAAAAUAUCCAUUCCUAAGCUAGAUCGAAAGCAUUCCACUAUAAUCCAUGAUUAUUACUAGUUUAUGAUUGAAAACGUAAGAAACUGUUCUCAUAUUUUAUUUCAUAAUAUUUUCUAACAUUCUUUUUAUCAGCAUAUUGCGGCAAACCCGCGAACAUUCCACACGCCGCAUUCUCUGGUUCCCGUUUCAGCUUCAACAGUAUAUUAAAGUACAGAUGUGAUCAAGACUAUGUACUCAAAGGACCAAAAAGAAGGAAAUGCAGAAAAAACGGACAGUGGUCUUAG